CAAGAACUCAUCUGUAGCUUUGUAGCUAGCUUGGCAGUUGGUUGUUUUCCUAAUAGCCGCCCGGGGUUCCCACACGUCGUCACCGCUGAACUCCAUCACUGCAAAAUCGAUUACCACAGCGGCUCACCGGGCAGACAAUAAGUUCCAGAUGGAUCAACAGGACCAAGCCUAUAUGUUUGCCAGUCUUACACGGCCGCAUUCUGAACAGCUGCUGCAAGGCCUUCAGCUCUUGCGGCAGGAUCACGAACUAUGUGACAUUGUGCUUCGUGUGGGUGAUGCCAAGAUCCAUGCCCACAAAGUAGUGCUGGCCAGCAUCAGCCCUUACUUCAAGGCCAUGUUUACGGGUAACCUGUCCGAAAAGGAGACUGCUGAAGUUGAAUUCCAGUGCAUUGACGAGACUGCCUUGCAGGCCAUUGUUGAGUAUGCUUACACUGGCACAGUAUUUAUCUCCCAGGAAACUGUGGAAUCUCUGCUACCAGCAGCCAACCUUCUCCAGGUCAAGCUUGUACUAAAGGAGUGCUGCUCCUUCUUAGAGAGUCAGCUGGAUGCUGGGAACUGUAUCGGCAUCUCUCGCUUUGCAGAGACAUAUGGCUGCCAUGAUUUGUGCCUGGCUGCAACUAAGUUCAUCUGUGAGAAUUUUGAAGAAGUUUGUCAGACCGAGGAGUUUUUUGAACUAACAAGAGCAGAGUUGGAUGAAAUAGUAUCCAAUGACUGCCUUAAAGUGGUGACAGAGGAGACUGUAUUUUACGCCUUGGAGUCAUGGAUUAAAUAUGAUGUAACUGAACGACAACAGCAUUUAGCUCAGCUGCUGCACUGUGUGCGCCUUCCUCUCCUCAGCGUCAAAUUUCUGACUCGUUUAUACGAAGCCAACCAUCUUAUACGAGAUGACCACGCGUGCAAGCACCUACUCAACGAGGCCCUCAAAUAUCAUUUUAUGCCUGAGCACCGACUGUCCUAUCAAACUGUCCUGUCUGCACGACCAAGGUGUGCUCCAAAGGUGCUGCUGGCAGUAGGAGGCAAGGCUGGACUGUUUGCCACAUUAGAAAGCACGGAGAUGUAUUUCCCUCAGACAGACUCAUGGAUAGGACUAGCCCCUCUCAGCGUGCCCAGAUACGAGUUUGGAGUGGCAGUGCUUGACCACAAGGUGUACGUAGUGGGAGGCAUUGCAACACACAUGCGUCAGGGCAUUAGCUACAGGAGACAUGAAAGCACAGUGGAAAGCUGGGAUCCGGAAAGCAACACCUGGUCUUCAGUCGAGCAUAUGGCCGAAUGUCGCAGUACACUUGGGGUGGUGGUCCUUGCUGGAGAGCUGUAUGCACUGGGAGGCUAUGAUGGCCAAUAUUACCUCCAGUCAGGGGAAAAAUACGUCCCCAAGUUGAAGGAGUGGCAACCUGUGGCACCCAUGACCAAAUCUCGGAGCUGCUUUGCAACCGCUGUGCUGGAUGGCAUGGUGUAUGCCAUUGGGGGAUAUGGACCCGCGCAUAUGAACAGUGUGGAGCGGUACGAUCUGAGCAAGGAUGCUUGGGAAAUGGUAGCCCCCAUGGCAGACAAGAGGAUCAACUUUGGAGUUGGCGUCAUGCUUGGCUUCAUAUUUGUGGUGGGGGGACACAAUGGAGUCUCUCACCUGUCCAGCAUCGAGAGGUAUGAUCCGCAUCAGAACCAGUGGACAGCCUGUCGACCAAUGAAUGAUCCACGCACUGGUGUGGGCUCAGCUAUUGUAGACAAUUACCUGUAUGUGGUGGGAGGUCACUCAGGAUCCUCUUACCUGAACACUGUCCAACGCUACGAUCCCAUCUCAGACAGUUGGUUGGACUCCAGCGGCAUGAUGUACUGUCGAUGUAACUUUGGUCUUACUUCCCUUUGACCCAUGGCCCAGCCAGCUAGCACUUAAUGAGACACCUAAUUAGACACAAAGACCCUUCCCCCCCCAGUUGUAUCCUCUUCCUGCCCCACAUUCAUCCUCCUGGUGCAAAGGAGUGCCAAACACCAGCAUGAGAGACUGUGGACAAGGAGGCUGCUGGAUGGAUGGAUGGAUGUGAUAGGCUAGCUAGCUGGCCAUGGGGGGAGGUGUAGGCUGCAAACAUUAAGAGCUUCACUCUUCUGCGGACAAAAAGGCCUGAUGAUCGGAUGUCUGCUCUUACGGCCCCGAAGAGAUGACUGCUCUGUCUGCUGGACCACAAUGAGGACUAGGAGCCAUUUCCCAGAGGACUGUGGGAGAAACUUGUCACUUUAAUUUGAAUAUUUUGUUUUACUUUGACCAUUUUUUUUCUUCCAUGCCUUGUAAACACUUAAAUCUUUUUCUAAUUUCCCUUGCUGCAACAAGGACCAUGUGUUCAACUUCUGGAGAACACUGUAGUUUUCUUGUGAAUAUAUGUGUGUUGGCCGUGUAGAUGGGUGUAUGUCUGUGUGUAUGCUCAAGCGGUAUGUGCAUGUCGGAUAACAUUGUUUUUGUUUGUGUCUGCAUGUGGAACGAAUGCUUGUGCCUGGUGACACAAGGUUCUGCAACACAAUAUGUGCGUCACAAAAUGAGGACUUAGAAUAUUUUUUCAACAAGGGCUGCCUUUCUCUCUUGUGUAAAUAGUCCAAGUUCAAUAUAUAGAUAUAAAUAUAACCUUAAUGCAUCGCCCUGUAAAUGUUUUACCACACUGGGUCGUCUAUGUAUGUAUGUAUGUAUGUAUGUAUGUAUGUAUUUAUGUAUGUGGAUGAGGAGGUGACAAAUUCUGAAGUCAACCUCUCGUCUGCUUCAUUGUCUGUUUUCGCCUCUGUUGUGUCUUUCAGGGCAUGUUGUGCACUCUUCUUUUUGUUGAACCUGACCCUCUUUGCACCCUUUGGUCUGUCUGCAACACCAACUGGUGCUAUUUUUAGGCUUCAACUGCAGAUCUGUGUUGCCUCACACAACUGGGUCAACCGCUGUCUGCUUCACGACUGUCUUAGGUGUUCAUUUGUUAAAACACACGCACUCCACGAUACAAAAAUGAGAAGCCCGCACACCAUCACUCACUAUAUUUUACGUGAGAUUUUUUUGUUUUCUGGAGAAGUCAUGCACCCAGAAUCAAUGGCUCAGCUGUAGAUUAAAUGUAUUAUCCAUGCCAACAAAACUUUGGUCACAAUCUUAGCAAGUGCCGAAGCAUUAUCCACUUUUUGGUGCAACCCUUGUUCCCACCCCCCUACCCCGUAUCUGCAAAAAAUUGCAGCCAGCAUUCCUUGUGUUCUAUGUCAAGAUAUGUAUUUUUUUUUUUUAGUUCUACUUUGUGGGGUUAAAUCUAGCCAUGCUGUCAAACAGUAUGUUGACUGGUGGAGAAGAUGUCACAGGAUAGCGGAAGUCUUCGGUGUAGUUGGCACUUACCAAACUCAAUGAUACAUAUUGUGAGUUGUACAUUAUGUUUUAAUGUAGGCUAGCAGGAUUUAGCUCAUGCAAUAAGACUUCCUGUUGGUGUUUAUAUGUGUCUCUGUAAAAAGCCAAGGCGAUUUAUUGCUGUAACAGAGCAUGUGUUUAACACUUGUGGCUGCUCAUGUUGUUGUACGACUAAACACCACAUGGUGUGCAUGUUUUAUUUUGUUCAUAUGAAUGUUAAAUUUAGGUUAUUUUUAGCUACAGGUAGAUUCAAAUGGACUGUUCCAAAUACUAUGAUAACCACAUUUUGGGCAUAUGUCUGUCUAUCCAUGAGCUACACUGUUUAAAUAGCCUGGCAAUGGUCACUUCCACAUUGUGCCCGUACUUUAAUAUGAUAGAGUUAACCAUUACUUCCCUGAACAAUUCAAACCAAUAGUAACAUAAGUUACAUCCACCUUGCAAACUGGUAAGGUUUUUUUUUUUAACAUACUUUAAAAUGUUUCUGCAAUUUUGAAGCGUAAUAUUUAAAGAAAUGUGAAUGAGUGAAGUAUUUAUGAUUUUAUGUUUUUGUUUGAUGAUCUGUAACUUUUGUUUUUUUGGCUCCCUUCCUGAGUAUGCAGCACAAGUCACGCAGGCGUAAUUAUGUGCUGCUGCCAUGAUAUAGCUUUUCUUUUUUUUUUCAAGCAUAUGCCAACUGAUUUUGGAGAAAGGCUAACGAAAAAUCUGCAAACGUGAAUCUGCAAAAAGAAAAAGGACGCUAAACCUGAGUUUCUACAAAUGUUCUCUUGUGGCCUGUCAUUGCCACCACUCUUACCAAAGUGCUUGUUUAAAGACAUCCAGUCCACUCGUACGCAGUUUGUCUGGAGGAAAAGAAAACCAUUUGAAACUGAUGUCAAUGCUAGCCAAAUGAUCACUCUGCUUGCUUUGUUUUUUUUUUUUUACAUGUCCCAUUUGUAGACCUGGAGUGAGGUGAUGGUCGUGAACUUGAGUAUCCUGUGGAUGAAUACUGGAUGUACAAUCUAACCCUCAAAACCGUAGCCUUCCACAUUUGAUUGAAAUCCAUUUUACAUACAUAAUUGUCUGUCUGUGAGGUGCAGUUGUACCCAGUUUUAAAAUAAAUGCCUGCCUUAAAAGGUACAGUCUGCUUUUCUCAUGUAAAAAAUGUUAUGUAGCACCAAA